GAGAAAGAGUGCGGAAGAGAGAGAGAGAGAGCGAGCGUGAGGGAGAAGAAAACUCUCUGUUAUGGAGAAAAGAAAAAUUCAGAAGAAAAUAGCAAAAUAGCAGAAUCAAAACAAGGCGCAAAAUAACCGUUUUACAUAAAAUGGCAGCAGCAGAGACAACGACAGCGACAGCCACUGCCUCCGCCUCUGCUACGGCCUCAGUCGGAGCUGACGUCGCAGUUAUGGCAACAACAACAACGACAACGGGAACCUCAACAGCUGCUGCUGCUGCUGCCGCCGCCGCCGCCGCCGCUGCUGCUGCGGCCGCUGCUGAGGCCGCCAAUGGCCGGGAGGCUCGAAAUUUGGCCGAAAAGCAACGCAGGGAUAAACUUAAUGCCAGCAUCCAGGAAUUGGCCACAAUGGUGCCACAUGCAGCUGAAUCGACGCGUCGUCUGGACAAGACAGCGGUGCUACGAUUUGCCACGCAUGGAUUACGUCUGCAAUACGUCUUUGGCAAGUCCGCUCUGCGGCGACGGCGGAAAUUGGGCCUAAAAGGCUCUACCUCAUCUCAUGAAACGAAUCCUCUGCUGACCGACACCCUGAUGCAGUUGCUCGAUAGUUUCUUCAUCACAUUAACCUGCAACGGUCAGAUUGUGCUUGUCUCGUCCAGUGUGGAGCAAUUACUGGGCCAUUGCCAAUCGGAUUUGUAUGGACAGAAUUUGCUUCAAAUCACACAUCCCGACGAUCAGGCGCUACUCAGGCAACAGCUCAUACCACGUGAUAUAGAGACCUUGUUCUAUCAGCAGCAACAACACCAACAGCAGCAGCAUACACUGGCGUCGACGUCGACGUCAGGCAGCGAUGAUGACGACAACGUUGACGAGGAGAUGGAGGAGGAUCAGCAACAGCAGCAGCAUGUUAAUCAACUGGAGCCAUCCGGUGUUCAUCCGCCCAGUCCACGUACCAUUGCCCAUCUGGCGGCCAUUGAUGAACGUCUUCGUUCCGAUCGCCGUUGCUUCUCUGUACGUCUAUCACGUGCCUCCACUAGGGCCGAAUCCACUAGGCACUAUGAAUUGGUCAAAAUCGAUGGCUGCUUUCGACGCAGUGACUCAUCGCUGACGGGUGGAGCAGCUGCCAAUUAUCCUAUUGUCUCCCAGCUCAUUCGACGAUCACGUAACAAUUAUAUGCUUGCUGCGGCAGCAGCAGCUGCCGCGGCAGCGGCUAAUGCCAAUGCCACGCCUACAACAGCAACGAUACCACCCUGCCUCCCCCCCCCGCAGCAUGAUGCCAUUGCCCAGGCGGCUCUCCAUGGCAUCAGUGGCAAUGAUAUUGUACUUGUGGCCAUGGCCAGAAUAAUAAGAGAGGAUCCAGAAGUGGAUGAUACUACAGCCCCGAAUGCCACCUCCCAUCUAUACACACCGCUUAGCUUACUCUAUCGGCAACCUGAACCGUAUCAAUUGGAGUAUCAGACAACACUCAUCGAUGGCAGCAAAUGUAUCAUGACUAAGAAGAUCAGGAUCGGUAUUGGGAGUUUGGCACAUGAAGGAGGUGAUAUCUAG